UUGUCUGGGCAGAAUGCUGAGUUGACUUGUCAUAUUGACCCUAUUGCAUCCGGGGCUCAUCACCAUGUGCAGUGGCUAAGAUCGGGAUCUACUAUAUCACGUAAUGACAGGGUAACUCGAUAUGGUGUGCGAAACAGGUUCUUUAUAAGUACAAAGAAACCAUACAACCUUGGUCUUCGGAACGCUGACUUGUAUGAUGCUGGAAAGUACACUUGUAAUGAUGCACUAAAGGGGGUAGCUAUAGGUGACCUAGAGCCUCAUUUGGUUGUACUUAAUCCCGCAUCAUGCCCUAUGUCAGGGACUACGACAUUUAUUCAGAAUGACACCAUCACAUUUGAGUGGUCUGUCACAUAUGCAGGGGAGAGAGAUGAUAGCCAGAAACCCAUCAUCACUUGGACACUUAAUGGUAUUGAGCAAACUGCAAUAGCAGACGAGACUACACUGGGGGUCUUCAAGUCAACGUUUACUAAAACAGCAUCUAGUUAUGAUAACCAGAAACAACUCAAUUGUUCAUUUAGUGUACUGAAUAUCCAACAACAUUGUUCCACAAAGCUAAAAAUAAUAGAAUCUUUGGGCCAAAGUGAUAUAGUCCUUAUAGGAGGUCCACGGGACAGGGCCGUAUUAUCUGGGAAGAACGCUGAGUUGACGUGUCACAUUGACCGUAUUGCAUCUGGGGCUCGUCAUCUUGUGCAGUGGAUAGGUAACUCAAUCAGAUCAGGAUUAAGUAAACCAUUAUCAGUUAAUGAUACGGUAAUUGCAAUUGAUAUACCAAACAAGUUCUAUAUAAGUACAGAGAAACCAUACAACCUUGGUCUACGGAACAUUGAUUUGGAUGAUGCUGGGAAGUACACUUGUAGUGAUAUACUAAGGGGAAAAUCUAUAGGGGGCCUGGAGCCUCAUUUGGUUGUACUUGAUCCUGCAUCGUGUCCUAUGUCAGGGACUACGAUAUUUUAUCAGAAUGAUAUUAUCACAUUUGAGUGGUCUGUCACAUAUGCAGGGGAGAGAGAUGAUAGCCAGAAACCCACCAUCACUUGGACACUUGAUGGUAUUAAGCUCACCUCACCAGCAGACGAGACGACACCAGGGGUCUUUAAGUCAACGUUUACCCAAAAAGCAUAUAGUUAUCAUAACCAGAAACAACUCAAUUGUUCAUUUAGUGUACUGAAUAUCCAACAACAUUGUUCCACGAAGCUAGAUGUUAGACGUAAUCCAGCACUUAAGCCGACCCUAUUUGUCAAUGGCAAAAUUAUUCAAGACCAAGCUAUUUUACAACGUAAAGUAGGGACAAAUGUACAACUUAAAGGAGAAUUAUUAGCGAAGCCUAUGCCAUUGUACACAUGGUGGUUUAAAUCAAAAUGCCAUCAAGACUUUGACACUGUGGAUUAUAGAGACACGAAAGAACUUAACGACAUACAAUUCAACCAAACGGGGAUAUACAGAUGCUGUGUUUCAAAUUUUUACUUUGAGGAAUGCAGUGAAGUGACGAUCGAAGUUGUUGGCCCCAACACAGUUGCUGAUCUCAAGAGGGCAACAACUUCGCAAAGACGUGCCAUUAUGUUCAUCUGUGCAGGAGGGUCAUCAACAGCUUUGUUCAUCGGAUUCAAUUGUGCAUAG